AUGAAGUUGCACUACAUCGGAAUCAUCCAGAACGAGCAGAAGCCCGGCGUCGAGUUGGUAGCUGAGAAGGAGCUGAGCGCAUAUUCGCGAUUCACCCGAAACAACUAUGGCGAGUUCAUGACCAUGUUCUCCAAGACGGUGGCCGAGCGGACACGUCCCGGCCAGCGACAGGACGUUGAGGAGCAGGACUACACCUUCCACGCCUACGCCCGAUCCGAGGGCGUGUGCGGCAUCAUCAUGAGCGACCACGAGUAUCCCGCCCUCGUUGCCCACCAGCUGCUCUCCAAGGUCCUGGACGAGUUCCUGUCCUCGCACCCCAAGUCGGCCUGGUCGCAGGGCCAGCCCCAGCAGAUGCCCGAACUCAAGGACUACAUCGCCAAGUACCAGGACCCCCACCAGGCCGACAGCAUCAUGAAGAUCCAGCGCGAGCUCGACGAGACCAAGAUCGUGCUGCACAAGACCAUCGAGAGUGUGCUACAGCGUGGCGAGAAGAUUGAUGAUCUCGUGGCCAAGAGUGAUGGUCUGAGUGCCCAGAGCAAGAUGUUCUACCAACAAGCGAAGAAGCAGAACUCGUGCUGUCUUAUCAUGUAG